ACGGCUCAAAACAACUGCGACUACCACUGAUACUAUUUGAAUGAGUUAAAGAGGUGGGAGCAUUGCUGGAAAAAGUUUAUCGACUUAAAAGGAGAUUAUGUUGAAAAAUAAAACUAAGUUUGAUCGAAAAAAUACUUGGUUUUAUGUUAGGCUCAAAACUUUUCAGACGACUUACAUAAAUGCUGUUUUUUGUCUUACAGAAUCGUAUACAGUGCCGGCUGACACAAUUAUGAUUCUUAAUAUCUAUGACGUCCAUAGAGAUCCUCAAUUCUGGCCGAAUCCAGACGUAUUCGAUCCGGAUCGAUUUUUGUCCGACCAAGCAAAAAAGCGUCAUCCUUANUGCUAUGUACCGUUCAGUGCAGGACNACGAAAUUGUAUAGGUCAACGGUUUGCUAUGUACGAAAUGAAAACUAUGGUCGCUUCUCUAGUACACCACUUCUAUUUGGAACCUGUUGAUUACUUGAAGGAUCUCCGGAUUAAAAUUGAUUUGAUAUUUCGUCCUGCUCAUCCGGUUCGUGUAAAAUUUGUUCCAAUUCAAAAAUAUCAGAAUCAUCAAGAGGAUGGAGCAAAAGAGGAAAUUAAUAAACAACACUUGUGUNUUACAAAAUAGAAUUUAUUGCAACCAUCCAUACAGCACUGAAAGAUUGCAAAAA